GAGUCUUCUACGCGCGGGGUCCUGUGGGAUAGAAGGGCGGAGGGCGGGUGUACGCGGUGCUUCAGAGGAUGGGAACUACAAUUCCCAGAAGGAUGUGCGGCCGAAAGCCUCGGGCGGCCUUUUGAGGGGCUCCGCUAGCUUCAGCGCCGUGGGGUCUGACCUGGCUGGGUAUAGUGUCCCAGCUCGGCAGGAGGGGCGGCCCGGUCCGGGUCGCGCCUCCUGGAGCCGCCCCCGGGACGUCAGUCCUGGAGGAGGCGAGGGUUGCUCCGGUUGCUAAGAAGACUAUGAACAAGUCAGAGAACCUGCUGUUUGCUGGUUCCUCAUUAGCAUCACAAGUCCAUGCUGCUGCUGUUAAUGGAGAUAAGGGUGCUCUACAGAGGCUCAUCGUAGGAAACUCUGCUCUUAAAGACAAAGAAGAUCAAUUUGGGAGAACACCACUUAUGUAUUGCGUGUUGGCUGACAGAUUGGAUUGUGCAGAUGCUCUCCUGAAGGCAGGAGCAGAUGUGAAUAAAACUGACCAUAGCCAGAGAACAGCCCUCCAUCUUGCAGCCCAGAAGGGAAAUUAUCGUUUCAUGAAACUCUUACUUACACGCAGAGCAAACUGGAUGCAAAAGGAUCUGGAAGAGAUGACUCCUUUGCACUUGACCACCCGGCACAGGAGCCCUAAGUGUUUGGCACUUCUGCUGAAGUUUAUGGCACCAGGAGAAGUGGAUACACAGGAUAAAAACAAGCAAACAGCUCUGCAUUGGAGUGCCUACUACAAUAACCCUGAGCAUGUGAAGCUGCUCAUCAAGCAUGAUUCUAACAUUGGGAUUCCUGAUGUUGAAGGCAAGAUCCCACUUCACUGGGCAGCCAACCAUAAAGAUCCAAGUGCUGUUCACACAGUGAGAUGCAUUCUGGAUGCUGCUCCAACGGAGUCUUUACUGAACUGGCAGGACUACGAGGGUCGAACUCCUCUUCACUUUGCAGUUGCUGAUGGGAAUGUGACCGUGGUUGAUGUCUUGACCUCAUAUGAAAGCUGCAAUAUAACGUCUUAUGAUAACUUAUUUCGAACCCCACUGCACUGGGCAGCUUUAUUAGGCCAUGCACAGAUUGUCCAUCUCCUUUUAGAAAGAAAUAAGUCUGGAACUAUACCAUCUGACAGCCAAGGAGCCACACCUUUGCACUAUGCUGCUCAGAGUAACUUUGCUGAAACGGUUAAAGUGUUUUUAAAACAUCCUUCAGUGAAAGAUGAUUCAGACCUGGAAGGAAGAACAUCCUUUAUGUGGGCAGCUGGCAAAGGCAGUGAUGAUGUCCUUAGGACUAUGCUGAGCUUAAAAUCGGACAUAGAUAUUAACAUGGCUGACAAAUAUGGAGGUACAGCUUUGCAUGCUGCUGCUCUUUCUGGCCAUGUCAGCACCGUGAAGUUACUACUGGAAAAUAACGCUCAAGUAGAUGCUACUGAUGUUAUGAAACAUACUCCACUUUUCCGAGCCUGUGAGAUGGGACACAAAGAUGUGAUUCAGACACUCAUUAAAGGUGGAGCAAGGGUAGAUCUAGUUGACCAAGAUGGACAUUCUCUUCUACAUUGGGCAGCACUGGGAGGAAAUGCUGAUGUCUGCCAGAUAUUAAUAGAAAAUAAGAUCAAUCCAAAUGUCCAGGAUUAUGCAGGAAGAACCCCUUUGCAGUGUGCUGCAUAUGGAGGCUAUAUCAACUGCAUGGCAGUUCUCAUGGAAAAUAAUGCAGACCCUAACAUUCAAGACAAAGAGGGAAGAACAGCUUUGCAUUGGUCCUGCAACAAUGGAUACCUUGAUGCCAUUAAAUUACUGCUAGACUUUGCUGCUUUCCCUAAUCAGAUGGAAAACAAUGAAGAGAGAUACACACCCCUUGAUUAUGCUUUGCUUGGUGAGCGCCAUGAAGUGAUCCAGUUCAUGUUGGAACACGGUGCCCUGUCCAUCGCAGCCAUACAAGACAUCGCCGCCUUCAAAAUCCAAGCUGUCUACAAAGGGUACAAGGUCAGAAAAGCCUUCCGAGACAGGAAAAAUCUCCUUAUGAAGCAUGAACAGUUGAGAAAAGAUGCUGCUGCCAAAAAGCGAGAGGAAGAAAACAAACGAAAAGAGGCAGAACAGCAAAAAGGAAGGCGGAGCCCAGAUUCCUGCAGACCCCAGGCCCUUCCCUGUCUGCCCAGCGCCCAGGAUGUGCCCAGCAGGCAGAGCCGGGUCCCCAGCAAGCAGCCUCCUGCUGGCAACGUGGCACAAGGCCCUGAGCCAAGAGACAGCAGAGGAUCUCCAGGAGGGUCUCUAGGCAGAGCCCUCCAGAAGGAGCAGCAUGUUUCCUCAGAUUUGCAGGGAACACACUCCAGAAGGCCAAAUGAAACAGCCAGAGAACAUUCUAAAGGCCAAUCUGCUUGUGUCCACUUCAGACCCAAUGAAGACAGUGAUGGAAACAGGCAUCCAGGAGUUCCCUCUGUUGAGAAGCCCAGAGGUGAGACAGCUGGCGAUCAUCGGUGUGCAAAGGGGAAAGGCUUCAUGAAGCAGCCCUCCUGUAUCAGGGUGGCUGAGCCUGAUGAGAAAGGAGAGGACUCCAGGCGGGCAGCUGCAAGCCUUCCACCACACGAUAGCCACUGGAAGCCCAGCAGGCGGCAUGACACAGAACCCAAGGCCAAAUGUGCCCUCCAGAAAAGGCGCACUCAAGAGCUCAAAGGAGGAAGGUGCUCCCCAGCUGGUUCUAGCCGCCCUGGCAGUGCCCGGGGGGAGGCGGUCCUUGCUGGGCAGAAUCCUCCCCACCAUCGUACACCAAGAAACAAAGUGACACAAGCCAAGCUCACAGGAGGGCUCUGUUCAGAUUUGCCACAGAGCACAGAGGAGUUGAGGUCAGGAGCCGGGAGGCUGGAGCCAUCCACCCUGUCCGAGGACUUUCAGGUAUCUAAGGAGACUGAUCCAGCACCUCGUCCCCUCUCUGGGCAGAGUGUGAAUAUUGACCUUCUCCCCGUAGAGCUCCGACUGCAGAUAAUUCAGAGAGAACGAAGGAGGAAAGAGCUGUUUCGCAAAAAGAACAAAGCAGCAGCAGUCAUCCAGCGCGCCUGGCGAAGCUACCAGCUCAGGAAGCACCUGUCCCACCUUCGGCAUAUGAAGCAGCUUGGAGCUGGAGAUGUGGACAGAUGGAGGCAAGAAUGUACAGCAUUGCUCCUCCAGGUUUGGAGGAAGGAACUGGAACUAAAACUCCCCCAAACCACUGCAGUAAGCAAGGCCCCCAAGAGUCCAUCCAAGGGCACCUCAGGCACAAAGUCCACCAAGCACUCAGUGCUUAAGCAAAUCUAUGGUUGUUCUCACGAAGGGAAAAUACAUCAUCCUACAAGAUCUGUAAAAGCCUCUUCUGUGCUGCGUCUCAACUCAGUGAGCAACCUACAGUGUAUACAUCUCCUUGAGAACAGUGGAAGAUCAAAGAACUUUUCUUAUAACCUGCAAUCAGCUACUCAGCCAAAAAACAAAACAAAACCUUGACUGCCUAUGGAGGAAGACUGUGUUCGGGGGAGCUGGCAUAGCUAGUGCAGAGUUCAGAUUUUCUGCUGAUAAUCUUUUACACCCUGGGAAAACUUUAAUAUCCGUACCUGAAGGCUGAUUCACCUCAAAAUGUGUUAACUGAAAGAAAAUGUUUCCUUUCUGCUCUUACACAGCAUUGUUUUGUCAAUCAACGUAGCCUGCACUGAAAGGACCUGCAUAGACUAUGUCUGUGCAAAGUGCCUGAGUGUCUGCUUUCACCUCAGUCUGUACGGUUAGAAAUGAGAAUUCAUAAUUAACAGUAAAAUCUAAGGAAAACUAA